GUUUCGAACGCGUCCGCUGCCUGACGUUUGACUCGUAAACACAACAAGCUUGCAAUCAACAACGUUCGCAUCGCGCAGUGGCCCGAGUGAAAAGAGCGAAAAUUUCCAUCCUAAUUGCGACACAAUUCGGGCCCGUACUCUCCAACACGGGGCAACGUUCUACCAGAAUCCGAAAGCAGAAAAAGUGUAAAAAACGUGGUGAAAGGGGCUAGCUACCCUGCGGUUGUCGGUUCAGUGCAGCAGAGCAGGAUUGGUUUCGGCGUCACCCCUCCCCUGCCUCAAAGUGAAAGUAGUUAAAACAAAUUCCACCUUCCACCCAGCGAGGGCAGCGAGCUAUCUGGGAGGAUGAUCCCUGCCCGGGAAGGUGUGUCCGGUCGCAAGGGAAUCUGUACGAAAAUAUAAGUUUUUGUUUGUGUGUGUCGCGUUUGUGUGAGUGUGUGUUGCCACGGUGAGGCGCACUGGUUCGGAAGAAGCAAGAGCCCCCAUGUUGAUGCGUUGUGAUAUUUUGAGGCCUCCCGGAUCUGCGGAUCGUGGUGCCUGAAGGGUGCGCUCUGAUAGAAAGUGAAUUCCGUGUCCAAAUUCCUGCGCGAUUGUAACAAAUUGUGGUCACCAUCAAAUCAAACUCAUCGCCAGUCCGUUCGGCGGUGCUGAGUGGCCAGCACUUCUUCACCGGAAGGAUUUGCUUCCGACAGCAGUAAAUCCAGUGAAAAAUAAGGAGAAAAAACACCCGUUACACUACUAUCGUGUGAGGCCGUGGCAGGCCACCAACGGCACCAAAAUUACGCUCAACGCAACGCAACUCUACGCCGUCCUGGACGCCAUGGAGCAGGACGAGGAGCAAGUACCCGACAUACGGGAGCAAAUGUUUCACAACACGGUCCGCGAGCAUAUCAUCUUUAUGUUGCUGUUUCUGUUGCUUUACCUUGGAAGCUAUGCACUGAUCAUUCGCUUCCGGAGGCGCGAUCGUGACGAUCUGUUUGCUCCCGAUGAGGACGAAAUCACUGUGUAUCGCAUUAGCUUAUGGUUGUGCACGUUCUCCCUGGCUGUGGCCGUGGGUGCCGCUCUGCUGCUGCCGAUCUCCAUCGCAAGCAACGAGGUGCUCAUCCUCUACCCGAACAGCUACUACGUGAAAUGGUUAAACAGCUCGCUAAUACAAGGGCUCUGGAACUACGUAUUUCUGUUCUCGAAUCUGGCGCUGUUUGUGCUGCUCCCGUUCUCCUACCUGUUUACCGAGUCGUCCGGUUUUAGCGGCCACAAGAAGGGCAUCAUGGCGCGGGUGUACGAAACGUUUACCGUAUUUUCGCUGCUCGCGUUCAUCGUGUUUGCGACGACGUACGUCAUAUCGGCGCUGCGCGACCCGGACCGCAACACCUUUCAGGCACUGUUCAAUUUAGCCAAAUGUCAUCUGCCAUUCUUGUACUCGUGUGUGUCCUUUUUAGGUGUACUGUUACUAUUAGUUUGCACCCCGAUGGGUUUCGUAAGACUGUUCGGUGUGGUUGGCAAAGUGCUGGUAAAGCCAAACCUGUUACGCGACGUGAACGAAGAAUUCCACGCCUUUAACAUAGAGGAGGCCACUGUCAAGCGCAAGCUGGCGAAUGCCAAUCUUAAUAUAGAGCUAAGGAGCGUAACAACGAUAGACCUAACGCCUGCCAAACUUUGCUCCGGGUUGGAUGAUUUGUAUCAAAUCAAACCAGCCACCAAUGGCAGCCCGACGAGCGAAUCGGUCAAGCUGUUUGAAAGACUGAGAGAGCUAGAGUCUGAACGUAAAGUGCUCGAUAAGCAACGCAGCUCUUCGGCGCUUCAGAGGAAUCUGGUCUAUCCGAUAGCGAUGCUGCUAUUGCUGAUACUAACCGGCAUUACGGUGCUGCUGGUCGUGCAGAACACGCUCGAGCUGCUGAUCGGCAUCAAGGCAGUGCCGUUGAGCACCAGGCAAUUUACACUCGGCAUCACUUCCCUAUCGAAGCUGGGACCGCUGGGUGCCACGCUGGAGGUGUGCAUCAUCACCUACCUAGGCGUCACGUCCACCGUUGGGCUCUACACGAUGCCGUUCAUGCGUAACGUGCGGCCCCAGCGGCGCAACACAUCACUGGCGCAGCUGAUAGCAAACUGUGGCCUCGUGCUUAUUCUUAGCUCUGCGCUACCACUGCUUGCGCGUAUUCUAGGUAUUACAAAUUUCGAUCUGCUGGGCGAUUUCGGCCAGAUCGAGUGGCUCGGCAACUUUCUGAUCGUGCUGCUGUACAACGUGGUGUUCGGCACGGCGGCCACGCUCUGCCUGUUCAACAAGUUCACCGCAACCGUGCGGCGAGAGCUGUGCGCUCGGUUAGUGGAGAAUUAUUUCAUCUUUCUUAGCUACCUUACGUUCAUCAUCAACUGAAUGGUGAAGCUCGCUGCCUUCCCCCCCACGUACGCUCGAUGCAACGCGUAUACGCAAAUGCUUUCAUUUCGGGGCGGGUGGAUUUGGGUUCAUUGGUUUUGACGCCCCAUGGCGUACGAACAACCAGCACCGCCACAAAGACGAAAGACGAAACUACUACUGCCAUUAAAAGAAGGGAGCUGAUAUAUAAGCAAGCUUCUGCCCGCUAUCCCAUACAUUCGUCCUAGCACACAUUCGGUGUAGAUUGUAGUGGAAAGAAGACGCACAUCACUAACUAUUAGUACGCAGCGGCCGUAUAGGCGCUUUUGUGGGAUCGCUUUCUGACUGUACUUAUUUUAGUUCGUGAAUCAUUCACCUUCUCGCCCAUCGCUUCGCUUGCGCCGGUGGGAGCGAAUUAUUUAAUCUUUAACCUUAUCCCUUUCCGGACAGGGGUUCGAAUAAUUAUUUAUUAACUUGUUCAUUUGUCCAUCGAAUAUUUAUCGUAUCUUCAUCGUAAAACGUUGUCACUGUCAUUGUUUGUUUCCUCUGUGUGAGUGUACUGUAGCUCACUGACAGCAUUCAUAUUAAUUCCAUUAAUUCCAUGAUAUUAUGCUUCAUAUUGCUCGGUGCGUGCUACCAUGCAGUCGCAUUUUAAGAUUGAAAAAAAAAACGUAUAAUUCCUCCUGCUUCUGGUAGAAAGUAGUAGAAAAGGAUAAU